GCCAUGCCAGACCUCCAAUUGAAUACAAAUACCGUGGGAGGAGCAUUAAUGAAUUUCGAACGUAUAUGAGCAAAAUGGAAGCUCACUUUUAUCACCACUCUGGCUAUUAUAUAAACGACACACGGAAGAUUCAAGAGGCUGCGAGCACCUUAACAGAUGAGAUGCGGGAGCAGUGGGGCCAUCAUUCCGACACUCUCGGCGCGGAUCGCUACACAUGGCAAGAAUUCUACGGGUUUUUUCUAGACCUACUCCUUCGUCAGCCAAAGCGUCUACAGGAAGCCGAGUCGAAAUUCAGAUCAGCCCGACAACGAAGGGGCCAGUCUGUUCGAGAUUUCGCGCAUUAUCUUGGACGUCUACAAGCGGAAUACCCAGGCCGUUUCGCUGAAUGGCAGAAGAUUGAAUUUAUCAGAAGUCGUGUGUUGGAGGAAAUUGGCCGCGAGUCAAGGACGUAUUCGCAUGAGCCGAGGACGUACGAAGCGUUUGUUUCGCACCUUGUUAUGAUUGAGAUUACAAUUCCAGAGAGAAGAGCAAUGCUACGAGCAAAACUGCGACAUCCUGAUCAUGUCUGAUUGUUCCAUUGCUGAGAGAUCCAACGUUUCACAUUUUCACGUACAUAUCUAUAUAUCUACCUUAAUAUAAUACCCGCAUCUUCUAGCGGUCGUUGUAACCAUUUCAAUAUCGU